AUGCUUAUGGCUUCAGAGUCUCAGUUCCAUGUUUUGGCUGUUGAUGAUAGUAUAGUUGACAGAAUGCUGAUUGAAAGGCUUCUAAAAACUUCUUCAUUUCAAGUUACUACAGUGGAUUCUGCUACUAAGGCUUUAAAAUUUCUUGGUUUGGUUGAUGAUAAUGCUUCAGAAAUUCACCAGGAAGUAGAAGUUAAUCUGAUCAUAACAGAUUAUUGUAUGCCAGGAAUGACUGGUUAUGAUCUGCUCAGAAAAAUCAAGGAAUCCAAAUCUUUUAAAGACAUACCAGUUGUGAUUAUGUCAUCAGAGAACGUACCAUCUAGAAUAAAUAGAUGUUUGGAAGAGGGAGCUGAAGAAUUCUUUCUGAAACCAGUUAAACAAUCAGAUGUAAACAAGCUGAAACCCCAUUUGUUGAAAUCAAGAGUUAAUGAAGGGCAAGAAUAA